AUGAAGCUGUGGGUGGAGCUACAGGAUGAACAGCUGACCCACAUCACUGUUAACAGAGUACAGCUGCAGCGGAGCAGGAUGAAGGAGCUAGGGAAGGAGAAGGAGAAGGACGGAGGAGGAGGAGGAGGAGGAGUGUGUAAGGCCGGGAGCAGGAAGGAGAAGGAUCAGGUAUGUGUGUCACCUGCAGAAAUAAGAGUUACAGGUGUGUGGAUGUGAAACUCUGACCAGUUUGCAGGUGGAUGUGUGAGCACAGAGUGUGUUUAUCAGACAACUCCAGACUUGAAGAGUCAGAUCAGAGUGGAAUAAAUGCAAAGAAGCCGUAUGUGUGGGUUUUCAGGUGCUGCAGAGCCAGUUCAGACAUGAACAUGUGAAACGCCUCAGGCUGUUUUUGAAAGAUAUUGCUAUCAGUUUCCCAACCAAACAGGGAAAAACUCCAAAUCAGUCUUCGCAGGCAUGUCGAAAAACUUUCAGUUUCUCUUAAAGUGGACUGAAAUAUCAAACCUAGAUCUGAUCCACCGUGUUCACGUUUGUGAUGUUGAGUUUUCUUCUCGUCUGUUUACAUCAGAAAUGUUUUCUGUGUUUAGCCGACACGCUGAGUUUGGGGACAACAUGUUGGUGUCUUCUGAUGUCCAUCAAAGUGUCCUCUGUGUGUCUUAUUGUGGAAACAGACGAAAAGAGCAAAGAGAGCCCACAGGCCAAACUUUCUGCUGCCGCUAAAACAGCGUGUAAAGCUGCUCAACAGAUGUGCUCUGCUGAGAUACGAGGGUGAAGGUGAAGUCGUACUAAUACAGGCUGGAAAGUGAGGAUUUUAAUCCAACACACCCUCAGACAAGAAAACACUUUAAACUUUAAAUGGUGAAAAACAUCUCUGACAUGCUGUCCACUUUGAGGAGCUCCUACAGUUUGAACUUUAGGUCACAUGUCUGACAUGUGCUUCAUACUUCUCAUAAAAGGUGGUGGUGGUGCACUGGUAUGCACUUCACUGAAUCUAGUUAUCAUAACGAGCAAAAUAUUAGGAGCUGCUGUACUGGGUUGCAUCAGUUUGCACAUGUAGUUUAAAUGUCAGUGUAAAGGUGCGUCAUGUUGCUCCAGUGAAUCCUUUAUAACAACAGCGCAGCAGCUACAGUGAGUGUAUGCACACAAGUUUGUGCAGCACUCCAUCUCUUAUAAUAAUAAUAAAAGUGUCUAUGAAACGCUCAUCACUAAAAACACCUCAUUAACAUUUCUUUACUCCAAUAAAUGCAGGAGAAAUCUGAAACUUUUUCGACUUUUUCCUCCUGAUUAAAUCACAAACAACAUCUGUAAAGCAUUAACACGCUGUAAAUGUGAUAUCACAACAUCUGUUUCCAGGUUUCUGUCGUAAUUACACCGUGCGGCUUCAUUCGGCGCCACAGCUCAGGCAGUAACACUUAAAGUACAGGAAAUAAACUGGAUGUUGGUCCUUAAAGUCUGCAGAGAUUCUCGGUUCAGAAGAAAAGAUCAAAAACAGCAUCUGUAAACUCCCUCUGCUGUGUAAAGUCUUGUUGUUUUUGAGCGUGAGUUAAUUUGAACUGAAUGAAUAAAUAAUGUAAGAACAGCUCUGUAAACGGAGAAGAUAAACAAGAGGGAUGAUGGGAACUCUCAGGUGUGACUCCUCUGCCGCCGCUGUUGUCGUUAUUGUUGCCAGGUGGGCUCACCUUCACCUUAUCACAACAGGAGUGUGAGACAGUAGUCAACAACAUGCACUCAUUCACAGAUACGUUGAAACGUGAGCACAUGAGGGUUUCUCUUUAAUCUCAUGUUAACAGUUCGUAUCCUGUUACAGAGACAGAAGGAAACUUGAAGGGGACUCAUAAAUCUGUCUUCACGUCAUGUCAGUCUUUGGCACAGCGUGUACUCAAAGUUUAACUCAAAACUACAACGACAACAAAAAGAAACUUGACAAAAGGAGGAUCAGCCACCAUGGCUUCAACAACCGUCCUCCUGUAUCUUCUCACUGUAGCUUUAAAACCAGGUCCUCAGAGACAUGUUGCUCUUGGGUUGCAAAUAUCAUUUGAUAUUAUAACAUUUUUCUGCACAUCUGCUCUUCAUGCAUUUGCUCCCAUUUUAACAUGACUCGGACCGUCUGUCUGAUUCGCCACCCGAAAAUCCCCAAUAAUGAUUUUAACUUUCUUUAUCGGAUCCAGGACAUGUGAUAUUUCUAACUUUCCAAAAUUCAGUCGGCCAUCUCAGUAUGAAACAUUUGGACCCACCUCGUUUGCACAGCUCCCGGAUCGACUUUUAUCUCUUUUCUCUUAUUUCAGCUUCACUGUCUUUUUAGCUUCUCUUAUACUUUUACUCUUUUCUUAUUUAACCUUUUAGGCCUUUUAUUGUUUUAUCUUUCGCUCAUUUCUGUUGCUCUAUUUUAUCAUUACGAUUAUCAGUAUUAUCUAUUAUUAUUUCAUUAUCAUUGUUGAUAUUGCCUUUUAUAUUUACUAUCCUGUUUCUGCUUUCGACCCUCCUUUUAAUUGCAUUUUCUUUUUAACUAUUGAAAAUGACCUUAAAUUCCAUUUUAACUGAGCUUUUUGUUUUUAUUUGUCUUUUUCCAUGUGCUCUACGACUACAUGUCAAAGCACUUUGUAAACAUCUGUUUUUUUAAAAGUGGGAUACAAAUAAAGUUGUUUAUUAUUAUUAUUAUUAUUAGUAGUAGUAGUAGUAGUAUUAAUUUAUUUUAUAUAUAUUAUUAUUAUUAUUUAUUAUUAAUUUUUUAUAUAUUAUUAUUACUAUUAUUUAUUUUUUUUUUGAAAUUUUAUUAUUAUUAUUAUUAUUAUUAUUAUUAUUAUUAUUCCUCUUCAAGAAAAGCUUCUGGCCGUUUUCAACAUGUUCUCGACCAAAAGGACUGAACGCACGUUUUAUUUUGCAUACAGAUGAUGUGAACUUCUGUCACUACACAAACGGCUACUGGAUGUUCUCAUAACACGCCCGCGUCAUGGAUUAAUUCUGGUGACUAGAUCUGGCGUGGCACCGUCGUAUCACGCCAAAAUCAACAUUAAGAAAGACCUUUUGCUGUGUAACCUGUUUCUCUUUCUCACACCGGCUCGACUCCAAAGAGUUGCGGCUUUGCCAAUAAAUUUGGACAACCUCCAAUGUGGUUAAAGUUUACUGGAAGGAAUGAUGAUUAUCGUGAUUCACUUGAGAAACCGAAAGUCAGAUCUUCACCGUGUAACAAAUUCAUUUCUUGAAUUUCAUCGACCGGCAGCCCGUCCCUCUGUCCUCUGUGGACACUGCACAGGGUGGACAAACUGUCCAUACAAAAUCAACACCGUUAGAUAAAUCUUGAGUCUUGGAUAAUUGCAGUGUGGGAAUGUAGGAGCCAAUCAGAAAUGGAGAGGAUCGGUGUUAACGCUUCAGUGCAAACAGUCUGAUGGUGCUCUCCAUGCAGACAGGUCGAACCAGUCCUCCCCUGCAGAGCUGGAACUUUAACUCUCUGCUCACUCCUUGUUUGUGUGAUGUUACACACACACACACACAAACUUUUGUUUAGCUGCAAUAAUCACAGAGCGAGACCCUCGGUUUCCUCUGCAGAGCUGGAUCUCCAUCAUCAUCGUCGUCGUGCCUCGACAUGAAACCUUCUCUGCUCAUUCCUCACAUUUCUCUCAUUCUGCUCUCAGCUUUCAUCUCACGUCUGCUGAACCCCGGACCUUCAUAUCCCUGCUUUGUUUCUGUGUCCUGCUGCUUUAAUCUUCUGUGUGUGAUCUCAUGAUCUCAGAGUGCAUUCCUAACCUUCAUGUAAACCUGCACACAUGCUUACUCACAGUUAACGCUCUGCAUGUGACAUAAACACCUGAUCUGACUCUAGAGGACAGAGGCGGAUUUUUAAGUCUUAUUGCUCCUCUUUUCUGCACUUGCUGCAUAGAUUCCUUCCAAAGUGACUUCACUGGAAACUAUGAAGCUGUUCCACGUGAAAAGCUGCAGCUAAGUGGGGCAAAAGGAACUUGGUCUUAAUCUGUGAUCUGGUAUUUGCAUGCAGGUAAUUGGCGAUCAGCUGAAGGAAUAACCUCUCUGUCAAAUCUUGAGACUGGAACAAAUCUGAUCACUGAGUCUCCACUGUAGGACUCAGGAGGAGCUGCAGGAGUAACUUCAAACUCUUAACUUCACGUCUCAGUGAAGAUCCUCCAGUAUUUAUGACUCAAGUUUGAAGGUAUUUAUUAGGAGCUCUCCUCCUCUUCAGAACAAACAGACCCUGUAAUAAAAGGCAGGGUUGAAAUCUGAUCCCUCACCUUUACCUUUUAGCACUAAAGGUGUUUUCCAGGCUCCUGCUGCGCCUGAUUGUUCCUGUUAGCCGUCUCCUUGUGUUCUUGUGUUCUCAGCCCCUCUCUUCGCCCCUCUUUCACUAACACAAAGCAGAAAUUGGGCCUCCUUAGGGGGAAAGGGCGCAACUACAAACAUGAUAUGCCAUGCAAUCUGUUGUAUGUAACCACAUCCAGCCUUCAGUCAUACAUGAUCUGCACAUGUUCUGAACAACAACAACCUCUGGAGUCGUGACUCUUGAGCAGUUUAUAAGAACAGUGAAGAUACAGAAGCUUAAAAACAGUUCAUUUUUUAUUUAAGCUCAGUCUAACAAAUCAUUUAGUCUUUUUCAAGCUUGUGUCAAAGUUUUUCUUUCACUUUUUCACUCAGCUGUCGUCAGCAGGUUAGUGCUCCUGCAUUUUUCUCUCUCUUCAUGCUCAUCCUGUCCCUUUGCUUUUCAGGCGCACAUGGAUAUCUGCUUAUGAGAGUUGAUUGAUGGGAGCUGUAAUCGUUCGGUCUCGAUGAUCUUACUUUUACGAUCUUUUGGAGGACGUAAACGUAAUUAAAAACGAUAAAUCCCCUAUUAAUAAAGCUCGGAAUCUAUUGGCUUACAGAGAUUGGAGGGGAGAUCUGAUCACAAUGAAUCUGCGAAAUGUGAUCGGCUCUUCUAGGAGGCAUGUUCCCACCUGGUCUGAAUAACUGCAGAGUGCCAGUGUCGGUACCAGAUGUGUUCGAUUGUGAUUUUUAGAUAGUUUUAAUUGUAUGUGUUAACUUUUCUAAAGGAAAAAGAAAAAAACAUGUUCUCAGGAUCUCCGUUUAUCAAUAGAUAGUUUUUCUUUUACUCCACGUUUCCUUUGGCGACAUGAAAGAGGCGGCAAUCCGGCUGUGGUUAGUCCCCUUUCAUAAGUAAUGAUGGAUUUCUUAGUAAAAUUCAUCCAUGUUUUCUCCAAAGAACUAAAAUCCCAUGAAAUCUAAUCUAGCAUAAACUGCUUUGGUAAUGUCCGGACCAACCACAAUCUUCUACGUCAUCCCAACCAACUUCUGGCCAAUCAUAGAGCGUGAUGUCAUCAAUAUGUACAUCUGGUACCCACAUCUGUUAUAUCACGAGACAUUAAAGUGGUUACAGGUGCUUGAAUAAACAAAGAGGUCCAGAAAAUACUUCAAACUGCUGAGAUGCUGCACCUGAAUUGUCAAAGUUGCCAGUUAAACUCUCAGUCCAAGAAUUUCCUUCACAUCCUGCUCCAACAAUAUAAAAUAUAAAUGGAUUUCCAACACUCAAUUUCUUUGCCAAAAACACACACACACCCUUUGUCCAAUAUACAUCCUUCUCCACCAUUCCUGUUCAACACUGAGCGAUAAUCUCUUUCUAUAAGUGCACAAUAUUUUCUGCUUCCAUGCACGACUCUGACCUCAUGUUUGCUGUGAAACAGUUGACGGUUAAAUGAGUUUGUAGAUUCCCCACAAAGUUGAUGUUCUAAUAUAGAUAUGUAUAUAUAUAAGAUCUCAAACCUGCAGAGUCAGCAGGAGAAGAGGACUGGUUCCCUGAAAUGAAAGUUUAAAGUUAAUUCACUGUGACUCUGCAGAGUCUCUUUGUUUGUGUGAAAUCACAGUUUUCUUGUUUCUUCUUCUAGAGCUGGAUCCCAAAGAUCAUCAAGAAGCGAAUUUGCUCCACAUUUGUCGAAGACUCUUUCAGGUAAUCUGUCUCUCAAAAUAACAGGUCAUUUUAUUGGGUCAAAGUCAAAAAGACUUUUAGUUCUGCCACUUUAUAAUAUAAUGUUUUUUCUGAUGUUGGAAAUAUCUGUUUUUGUUAAAAUUUAUGCUUUUUAGAGAUUUUGUGGAGAGUUAAAAAUUCAGUCAAGACUGAAAAGACUGAAAACUGAAGGAGAUUAUGAAUGUGAGUGUGUCUCUAUGUCGUUGUCCAUCAGUAAUGGGGCGCUGUGUCAGUGCGGGGGCGUGCGGGAGCAGCACGACUCGGUGGCCACGGGAGAUUUCUUCGGAGCGGCGAUCGUCACUCAGUGGGACAGUAAGCAGCACUCCUCAGAGUGUCCCACAGACGCCUACGGAGAGCUGGAGUUCGCCGGAGCCGGACGCAGACACAGUCUUGUGAGUGAUUGUCUGAUCUUACAAAAGUCAAGUCUUUGUGAUAAACAAAAAUCAACUGCAAAAUCUUGUGAGCCUGGUCGAUUCGAUUGCACAGAGUCUGUGCAGAAGAAGUGGACCUAGACUCGUAUUUAUCAAAAUGAAACCCAUGUACAAGUAUCUUAAACUUGCAUCCUUUCAGUGUCCAGCAGGGGGCGACCCCGCUCUAUCGCUCUCUGCAAAAAGAAGUGAACAAACCUUUUCCUGAUGUGGACAGGGUGAUUGUCAAAGAUUCAUACAUUUGUCUCCCCGUCCUCAGACCGUAUCUUUGCUUCCAUCCCUCUAGUUUCUGCGUCUGUCCUGCGACACCCCACCUCAGAUCAUCUACACCCUGAUGACGGCUCACUGGGGCCUCCCCUCUCCUAACCUGGUGGUGUCUGUGGUCGGGGGUGAAGGGCGGGAGAAGGUCAAACCUUGGGUGAGAGACAUACUGAGGAAUGGGCUAGUGAGAGCCGCUCAGAGCACAGGUGAGAGGACACACAGGUGACACGAGAUAAAAAGUGUGAGAGUCAGGUUAUUAAGGAUGCACUCAUGGAUUGGUUUGGCUCCUCCUUCCUUUCUUCCCUGUUGUUCCCAGGAGCCUGGAUCCUGACGGGGGGUCUGAGGGAGGGCGUGGCCCGCUGUGUGGGUGAGGCGGUGAGGGAUCACGGGGCGGCGGCUCCAAAUCUCUGCCAGAAGAAAGUGAUUGCGGUGGGUUUGGCUCCCUGGGGGCUGGUACACAACAGACAGCAGCUCGUCAACCCUCAGGUACUAAAAUUAGUUCUUAUGAAAUCCACCAUGAUAAACAAUAACAUGAAACUUUAGUCUACAGUUUGAGAAAUCAAUCACAAAAGUCAGAUGUUUGAACCCUCUGAUGUCCCACUUCCUGUUUCCUGUCUUCAGGGCAGUUUUCCUGCUCGCUACUACGUCCAGAACACGUCGCGUGACUCCUGCUGCCUCGAUAACAACUGCCAGGCUUUCCUCCUGGUGGAUGAUGGGAGUGCGGGUCGUCGAGGAGGAGAGACCGGCUUCAGGGCGAGUCUGGAGGACUACAUUUCCCAUCAGCGCACUGGCAUCUGGGGUGAGAUGAAGAUACUUGGUUUUCACUGCACAGAAAAGGAUGAAAAACUGUCAUUUUGACUUUAUUUCAUUUGUGGCAGGAAGUUAAAGGGUCAUUUCAAAAUAAAAGCUGUUUAAAGGGGGAAAAGCAACACAGACUUGAGGCGGUAGAAGACGUAUUUUAAAGCUUAAACUUAACUGAGUUUCUUAGUCUUAACUGCAUUUAUAUGCAUAUGUAAAGUCAGCAUAUGUAAAAAAGUUAAAUUUCUAUAUGCAGCUGAUUUGGGAAUCAUGACACAACACUGUUUUUUCAAGGUAUAAUUCACAAUUUAUGCCAUAUUAAUUUUUCUGUCUCUUUUCUUUGUUUACUAAAACCAGGGAGUGGAAGCAUCGAGAUCCCGGUGUUGUGUUUGCUGAUCUCAGGAGAUGCCAACAUGCUGGAGGUGAGAAUAAUCUGCAUACAAACUGUCAGUUUAGGAGAUUUAAAGCAAAAAAAAUCCAGGUAAAAAUUCCAAAAAAGAAUAGCCAGUAAACAGCAGCUCCUCAUGUCAGAUUAGCGUCCAAAUCGAACUUGUAAAUAUUCUCUCACUGACUACAUCUUCUCCGUCUCAGAGGUUAGAAAUCUCCCUGUGGAAAGAGACCCCCUGGCUGGUCUUGGCUGGUUCUGGUCCGGCUGCAGACUUCAUCAGUGAGCUGCACACCGACGUCUCCCCCGUCCCCCUCAGUCCCACCACCCCUCCUUCAGAGGGAGAUGCUGCAGACGGCCUCAACACGGAGCACCGCGACAAAGUCCGAGAAAAGCUGCGGAAACACUUUCCGACCGAGACGGAGCCGGAGAGACUGGAGAGACUGGUGGACAGUGUGAGUCUGUCUGUCUGUGUGUGUUUGUGUUUUUAAGGGGUUACAUGAAUCUUUGUGUGUCUGAACGAUGACACUGUUUUCAUCCUCUGUCUGCAGGCUCUGAGGAUUUAUCAGAACACAGAGCUCAUCACCGUGUUUCAUGGGGAACAGGAGGGUUCAGACGACUUUGACACAGUUCUGCUCAAAGCUUUAGUAAGAGGUGAGUAGAGUAAAUAUAUAUAAGAAAAAAACAACUCUAACCACAUCAGAAUUUCACCUGUCCGGCCUAGAGGCACAAUCUUGGCGUCUAUGGAAAGGUGAUAUCUUGUAAAAUCCAGAUCAUGUGAAAGAUUGGCUGUGACUUUCAUAAUUCUACAAUGGUGUCAGACAAACUACAGGAAAAAAAUGUAAAUUUUACCUCCGUCUAGAAAAAAACUUUUAAUUUUACUGUUAAAAUGUAAGCAGACAGAAGAUGUACUGGAUCUGCUCUGUAACAUCUGAGCUGCAAUCCCUCCAAGUUUGUUGGAGGGAAGCCCAGACGGCCCUCACCCCCGCCACUUCCACCAGCUCCUCCGGGGGGAUUCCCAGGCGUUCCCAGGUCAGGCGGGAGAUAUAAUCCCUCCACCUGGUCCUGGGCCGGCCACGAGGUCUCCUCCCGGUGGAACAUGUCUGGAACACCUCUAACGGGAGGCGUCCAGAAGGCGUCCUAACCAGAUGCCCGAGCCACCUCAGCUGACUCCUCUCGACGUGGAGGAGCAGCGGUUCUCCUCUGAGCGCCUCCCGAGUGUCCGAGCUCCUUACUCUAAGGCUGAGCCCGGACACCCUGAGGAGGAAACCCAUUUCGGCCACUUGUAUCUGCGAUCUUGUUCUUUCGGUCAUUACCCAAAGUUCAUGACCAUAGGUGAGGAUCGGCACGUAGAUCGACCGGUAAAUCGAGAGUUUCGCCUUACGGCUCAGCUCUUUCUUCACCACGACUGAUCGGUUAAGCGUCCGUAUCACUGCUGACGCCACUCCGAUCCACCUGUCGAUCUCCUUUUCCAUCCUACCCUCACUUGUGAACAAGAUCCUGAGAUACUUGAACUCCUCCACUUGAUCUCAUAGAAAUGAUUUUACUCAAAUUUUAGUCAGAAAAGUCUCAUUUGGAGAGCUUUUGCGCCAAAUCGCCAUUUUGGUUAUUUUGGUGGUUAUUUCUUUCCCACAAGGACGACCUCGAAUUAUGCUGCAUUUCCAAAACACCACCCUGUGUGCAGCAUAAAAAGCAGAGACAGCCAAACUCCAUGUCUUUACUUCAAGAAUGUAUUUUAUUAAAAACUUCUCAAAUGUUUGAACUGGUUAGAAAAACACAUGAAACAAACUCCAACUAUAAAACAGUGAAAAAGGACGACAGACAGUGUAAAAUAAGGGUCUAGUGUGCGUGUGUCGUGUGAUACAGUUUGAAGCAGUUCCUCGUCCGGACUAAACAGAGAAACACUCCACAGCGCUCACACAGUAUUUGUGUGUCUUUCUUACACACCACACACUGCCUCCUCCUCGGUUUUCCUGAGGCCUUCACUUCCUCAAAGACUUCAGGCAUGCAGGCGGAGGUCGCUUUUGAAGGGGGCGUUACAAACGAAGCACAACCUGUCGCCUCGGCAAUCAGCUCUCUCACCAGUUCCUCCCUGAACGCCUUCUGUCUCAUGGGGGUCUGGUCUUUGGCCUUCAUCGCCUCCUUGUACAGGAUGAAUGAGUUUACGAUGGCGAUGUCGAGAAAAUGGUAAAAAAACCUCUUGUACCAGCGCAUUGUUUUGCUAAGUACUGAGUAAUACUGAAUGAGGGCGUCAGAUAGGUCAACACCACCCAUGUACCGGUUGUAGUCCUUGAUAGGAUCAGGGAUUGGGACGGGGAUCUUGGACCAGCCGCCAGCCUCCUUCACUCUACGCAUCACUGAGUUCCCACUGUAAGCCUUGUGUAUCGUGCUGCACAUCAUCACCUCUCUUGUGUCUUUCCACUUGACGAAAAGAACGCCAUCUCUCCUCAGCCAUCGCACAUCACCUCGUCUGGCGUUCUCCGGGAAGUCGUUUUCUGCCGUUUUCGGGCAGCCGGUCGUCAUCUGCCGAAUCGUCCCACAGGCGCCGAAGUUCUUCUCUGCUAGGACCUUGUACAGACGAGGGCUGGUGUAGAAGUUAUCAGUAUAGAGAUGAUAUCCUCCACCCAGUAAAGCGAAGUCUAACAGUUUCAUCACUGAUGCGUAACUAAGACCCCUAUAAGACGAGAGAGCACCUUUCCCCCCAUACACAAAAAAAUUCCAGGUGUACCCCGAGAUCGAAUCAGCGAGCACAAACAGUCUAUAGCCGGAUUUGGAAGGUUUGUUCUUCAUGCACUGCCUGCAGGAAAUCUUCGCUCUGCUAGCGACCAUCCUUUCAUCGAUGCUGAUUUGUCUCCCGGGCUGAUAAUGCGACUUGCACGCCAUCACCAAGUCGUCAUGAAGCGGCCUAAUUUUGAACAAACGGUCAAAUUCAGCCUUGCCUCUUUUCUUCUCAUUCUUUUCAUCCUCGUCGAUGUCGGACAAGUGGAGACACCAGAAAAUGGACUCGAAUCUUUCUCUGCUCAUGUGGCAGCGAGGGAACGGGAGACCGUAGGGGAAAGAUGUCCUCCACAAGUCCGGCCUCUCGUGAACGCCGAUCAGUCCGUUAAAAACAACCACUGCCAAAAAAAUGAGAAACUCCUUAUACGUGAGCGCGGACCACUUGAAUUUCUUUCCCAGUGUUUUUCGUUUCUUCGCCUGUUUGUUCGUGUUUCUGACGAGGGUUGUGAUGACCGACGGGGAAAAAAAAAGCUUGAACAGACCUAACGGGGUCCAGGAUUGUAGAAUAUCUAUUUGAGGACCUGGUUGCCGUUUUGGCUCAAACUUGAACUGAGCGGGCUCCUCGUCUUGCUCCUCUUUUAAGCACCACCUCUCACUCACUCCGUUAGAUGAGGGACCUGCCUCUCUCUCCUGCGAGGCUGCAGCUACCUUCUCUCUAGCAGGGAUGAAGUCUGGAUCCUCCUCGUCCGCCUCCUCCUCGCUGUGAUGGAUACACAAUCAGAUCAUUCAUUGUUCAUCUCUCUGUCAUUUGUAACAGCUGACAGGUACAGGACACAUUUCAGCUUACCUUAAGUGAAGGUCUGAAAGCAAGAAUCGACGAUGAGUGGACUGUCUCCUGCUUCUUCGCAAACUCGGAGGAGUUUGUGGGGUUACGGCGGUUGAGCGGUCUGCCUGUGAGAUAGCGGGGGUCACAGCUGAAGGGGUCGCCUCAGCUCCUCUGUUUGAAAAAGUGUAAUCCACGAUAAAGAAGUCAUAUGAUAUGAUCUGCUGUUAUAAAAAUGUUAGCAAGGUUAACAUACCUUGAACAAGGGGGAGUUGGCUCCGCUGUGCGCCUGCGUUUCACACCUGUCUCUGGCUGCUCUUCCUCAUCAUCCGGGCCAAACUGUUGACUAGAAACAUAUCAUUCAAAUUAAUGGUGACCAGACAAAAAUAAUCCUAAAUAUAUACCAGAUAAUGUUGAAAUACAGGGAAUGAAAUCUGGAGUAAAGAGCAGGUGCCUUACAUAUAGUACUAUUGACAAUAAUUGAUAUUGUUAAUUUAUUUCAGUCUAUCAUGUCUUGUUUCUAUGAGAUUGAAAUAAUUCAUAAAAUUACAUUCUUGAAUAUAUAGGACAAAACAAUACAUUACACAUAGAUCGGAUCGAUCAGCCGACAUAUGCAGCGAUACUCACCCAAAGACUGGGCCAAUGCCUUCAAGAAAUGAAUCUCCUUCGUCGCUGCUGUCCACAGAAUCGCUUAUUUCCACGUCACUUAACCCGGCCAUCUCCUCCAAUGCGUCAAGAAAAUUUCGCCUCUUUACUAAGUAUUUUUUCGCCAUGUCGUUGUUGUUGUUGUUAGCACUCUGCUCAACUUGCUGCUCCGUGCCUUCCAUGUGAAACUUGACCUCAGGCCGCAGUGGUACGCACACUAAAAAGAAUGAAUCUUUUUAGUGAACUGAUUCCAGUGAUUCAGUACAUCUAAAAGAACUGCCAUGUCCAUCACUAACUGAUACAAACUACUGCAAUGAUAGGAUUCUGUGGGUUUAAUGCACUUUUUGAUACAUGUCCUGUUGUAUGCACGUUGUUGUCUUGGCAAUUUAGCAGUAAAAAAAAAAAAAAGGUAGUUUUGUCAGACAAAAGUGAUUCCAGAGAGUGGAGUUCAAUGCGUGAUUCGUUCACCAGGUGAUUCAGGCGUCGGUGCAUAUGGUUCCUCAUUCGUCAGCUGCUGGUCUGGCGAUGCUGUUUCUCACUUCAGCUCAACUAAAGUGAGAAACAAACAAAUUACUUUAAGUGAUUUGGUUCAGUACGUUCAUGUACAAGAUUCGGUUCUUUUGAACGGAUCGUUCGCGAACGACACAACAACACUAUCGACACAAACAUGUCCGGCUUCACGUGGGGCACUGUGUACACGAGCCGAUGCAGGUUGCGAUCUAAGGAUGCUCGUAAGGGACUAAGUUUACUUCUGCAGUGGGUCGCCGAGACCGUUAAUAUGGGAACUGUAUUGUAGCUUACCUGUCGAAUUAAAGUCUAGAUCUGACAGUAGUCCGGCCCUGAAGUAUUGUAGCGUUAAAAACGAGUGAAAAGAAGGACUUAAAUAGAGAUACUAAAGACUAAACCUCCGCUUUGUUGCAGAACUUAUACCGUAACCACAUGAAAACAACAGCCUACCUGACUGACUGACUGCUCUCUCGAUUCUUCAGCUCCUCAGUCACACACACAGUCCAAACACUCACCCCGCCCACUCGAUUUUUCAUCCAAUCACAGACGUGCUCCAGCCUGAUGCCUUCACCGGGUUGGCCAGACUGAACUGUCUGUCAGUUUGAGAGGCAGUUUGAGAUUCAAUGAGACAUUUUCGCUGUUUGUUUCUCGGGGUAAGAGGAGGAUGUGUUUACGGUCUUAAAAUGAUUGAAAUACGUCGGUGAAAUAUCCAAACUCAGCUUUUUAUGCUCUAAUCUCCAUGUAGUAAAAUAAGACAAAAAAUCUGUUGUUUUAUCCCUUGAUUAUGAAGUUAGAGCUGAAAAGAGAGGAAGAGAAACGGCCAUAUCCGCACAUGUACGGGCACCGGGCGAAAGUGAUUCUCAUUGGGAAGCUCUUGCACCCUCUUGUGGGCAUGACAAAAUAAUCAUGGGGGAUUGUGGUCAGUCUGUCUUUAAAGUCAUGGGGUCACAAUCAACGAGAAAUGUUCAAUUAUCUUCUCUCUGUAAAGAUCUGAAGAGAGGAAGCACAAUCAGAGGAGAUGUUGAGUGGGAGCAUGAAUGUCAAACAUCAAGUAUGAUGGAGAUUUCAGAGGAAUAGCCAAUAAAAUACACAAUUUUUAGUGUAUAUUGUUAAAAACAGUUUUAUUUUUUCUGAUCUUUAAUCUUCAUAUAUAGACACACUUUUUCUUGUAAGGGCCUGUGCACACUAACAGGGGUUAGGGAUUAGGGAUUAAUUUCGGACACAGCCUUUGUCGAUAACAAAUGUGGCGGUCCAGACAGAGCAGAAACUGACCAUGCUUUUUCUUUUUUUGGAAGUCCGGUUCUUAGAUCUGCCACCACACAAUUUCUGUUGUUUUUACAUUUUCUUCGACUGAAAUCCUUAAAAUACAAUCCAAUAAAAGCAAACAUGAAUUUAGAGCUUUAACUUGAGGCUGUAGGUGCCGCCACCACCUGUCAGUGGAAACAGGCCCUAAGAUUUUCUUGUCCAGUUUUCUGUUAACCCUUUUUCUGUGUGUUUGUGUUUAGCCAGUAAACGUGUGUCCAGUGACGCCAGCGAGUACAUUGAGGAGCUCAAACUGGCGGUUGCGUGGAACAGAGUCGACAUCGCCAAGGCGGAGCUGUUUAACGGAGACAUUCAGUGGAAGGUCAGAGGUCAAUCUGUCUGAUUCAUCUCAUAAAUAGAAGUCUUAAAUACAUGUCAGUUCACUGAAUUAAGAGUCCUUCUUUACUGUCUCCAACACGACAGAGAAAUGAUUCUGUCAAGAGUAUGAAUGCAGUAUAUACUCCUGUUUUCUUCAGUCUCAAAGUAACUCUGAUGAUGUUUCUUUUAUUUUCAGUACGAUGACCUCGAGGACUCGAUGACAGACGCUCUCAUAAACGACAAACCUCAGUUUGUGCGUCUGUUCUGUGAGAACGGUCUGAACAUCCUGGACUACCUGACGUACCGCCGUCUGGAGAGUCUGUACCGCUCUCUGUCCGACAGCUCGCUCGCCUACAUCCUGCUGCAGAAACGUCUGAGCGAGCGACAGUGCCUGGCCGGGUCCCUGACUCAGCUGGAUUAUGGGACGUCGCCGCUGAAGAGCCCAAAAAACGAGCUGAGCGGGGUCGCCUCCGCCAUGGAGCUCAACUUGUAUGAGGUGAGAAGGAGGUGACAACCUCUGGGCUAGGAUUGUUUUUGUUUCAUAUUUAAUCUUCACAUAUGAUGGUUUUUUAGACUCUAUAAAAGUGUAAAUCUUUAAAUUUAAACUUCAGGUCUCUCGACUGCUCUGGGAUCUGAUGGGUGAUGUCUGUCAGCCUUUCUAUUACGGACCUCUGGGUCUGGAUCACAGCACCAGCACCAGGAGAGCUCUGAAGGUGAGAGAGUGAUCAGCUAAAUCCAUCAGUCUUAUCAUUGCUGGUCCUGUUGAGUGUGCCCUGGUGACCCUGUUUUCUUCCUCUCUUGUGCAGCAUGUGAAUAAGAUGCUGAUGGGGGAAUGUCUGUACCGAGAUCAGCGGUGUCUCUCCCCCUGGGCCGCCCUCUUCAUCUGGGCCGUCCUGCAGAACCGCAGCGAGAUGGCGAUAUAUUUCUGGGAGAUGGUGAGAUUCACCUGAGGCACUAUUGUAACAUCUUACCAUCAUUCGGCGUGUUUGUGGACAGUGUCGGAAUAAUACACUGUUUUAAGUGUCUAUCUUUGUGUGUGUCUGAGGCGGGGGAGUCUGUGCUGAGCGCUCUGGGAGGAUGUAAGAUGCUGAGGGAGCUCUCAAAGCUGGAGAGCGAGACGGAGAGCAAACUGGCCAUGAAGGAGCUCGCUCAGAAGUUUGAGGACCUCGCUCUUGGUGAGGUUCCUCAAAAAAACACACUGCUGCUCUUCACCUUCAUUCAUUGGAUCCAAACUAAUAAACUCUGUGUGUGUUCAGACGUAUUUGCAGAGUGUUACCAGAGCAGUGAGAGUCGCUCCUUCACUCUCCUUAUAAGGAAGUCGCAUGUGUGGGGCGGAGCUACCUGUUUACAGAUGGCCACUGCUGCUGAUGCCCGUCUGUUCUUCAGUCAUGAUGGAGUUCAGGUACAGAUGAGUCCAAUACAGUCAGACUCAAGUAGUUUUAGAUCCUGAAGCAGGUGGUGUGGAUGUAAACCUCGGACUCUCUCCUGCUUCAGGCCCUCCUGUCUCAGAUCUGGUGGGGCGACAUGGAGAGGUUCACCGAAGUCUGGAAACUUCUCCUCACCUUUUUUGUGCCUCCUCUGCUCUAUACCAACAUCAUCCACUUCAGGUCAGUGUGGGUUAUUGUUGAGGUAUUACUGUGGGACCUGAAAUCAUGUGGUUUUAUCUUGUUUUAAGGACCCUCUAAUCACAGUUUGUGUCUCUUGAAAAAUCAGACAUUGCACAAAAACCACAUCUGAAGUUAUACUCUUUGAUAUUAUCGGUCCUCUCUUACCAAUUUCAGAAGUCGUCUGAAAGAAAGCAAAUUAUAAUAAAUGAAAUAUUAGCAUGAAUCAGGAAAUUAGAAAUAGGUAUCCAUCAAACAUUUAUCUUAUUCUUUUCCUGCUGGUUGAAUGAGACAGUAAAACUUUGGAGGUGGUGUUUGUGUGUGGUUCAGGGAGCAGGAGGAGGAGGUGAAGUCUGUGGAGCCUACAACCUACAGGGACACCGACAGUCUGGAUGGGAACGACGGCACUGUUUUCUCCCUCGCAGACAUCAUUCAGAAGUAAAACCUUUUAAAUAUUAAUGAGACUGACUUUGAUUUUUAACAUUAUCCUUGUUCUUCGAUUAACUGGAGUUUGUGAUUUUCUGUCCUGGUCUCAGUGAGGAGGACGCUGAAGAGUACAGAACUCUGAAAGAAAACCUGGAAAGUGAGUUUGGACCUUCAUUCUGUCAUCGUUUUCUGACUGGUUAUUAACAUCUUUCAUCAAUCGGCUAUUUUUCCUCUCUUGAUUUCAGACCCCUCACCCUCAAACUCAAAGAGACCCUUCCUCGUUUCCCGGUGGAGACAGUUCUGGUUCGCCCCCGUCACCUCCUUCCUGGGAAAUGUCCUGAUGUAUUUCCUCUUCCUCUGCCUGUUUGCGUACGUUCUGCUGGUGGACUUCAAGCCUCAGCCCCCUGAAGGCCCGUCCUCCCUGGAGUUUGUGCUCUACUUCUGGGUCUUUACCUUAGUGUGUGAGGAGAUCCGACAGGUGGGUGUCUAAUAUGGGUGUGCACAAAAAUGUGAAUUAAGUUCUGUAUACUGUAUUUAUAUGUAUAUGUGGUUAACAGACAUUCUUCGUGGGGAGCAACUUUGUGAUCCAGAGGAUGAAGAACUACAUCCAGGACGUGUGGAACAAGUGCGACCUCACCGCCAUCUCGCUCUUCAUGCUGGCGGUCUGCUGCAGGUGACUCCUCACAAACUCUGACAGCGGGACCUCAGGCUACCAAAGAAACUGGUCUUAGCAGACCCUUAGGACAGACACUGUCUUUUCUGUCUGUAGAUGAAUUUAGUGCAUGAAUUAUGACCGCUGUUGUGGUUCCAGAAUGUUCCCCUGGUCGUAUGACUUCGGUCGGGCUGUGAUGGCCAUAGAUUAUAUGGUCUUUACUCUUCGUCUGAUCCACAUCUUUGCAAUCCACAAACAACUCGGACCAAAGAUCAUCAUAUUGGGCAAGAUGGUGAGACGACACACAAAAAAGAUAAAACAGAAAAUGGAGGCUGUAAUAGUAAUGCUUAUCCAUCCUCCCUCAGAUGAAGGACGUCUUUUUCUUCCUCUUCUUCCUGGCCGUGUGGCUCAUGGCGUACGGAGUAGCCAAUCAGGCCCUCCUUUACUCGUAUGAUCCUCGUCCCAACUGGAUAUUUCGCAGAGUCUUUUAUCGACCCUACCUGCAUAUUUUUGGACAGAUACCCAUACAUGAAAUGGACGGUGAGUCGCUGAGUCCCUGAAUGUAAUCUCUGAUAAAUCCCGGGUGAGUCAAUCAUUAUUGUGAAGCAGGGUUGAUCCUGGACAGGGUCUUUAUCAUCCAACAUUAACUCUCAUUAUCCCUCAAAUUACGAGGCCAGCUUGAGACAGACACUAGUAUUUUUGAGAUCUUCUCACAUUGUCUUGAUCUGUUUGUUGCACUCAGCUGAUAAACUGGAGGUGGAUAAAUGUACAAACAACCACACACUGAUCGAAGCUGGACAUGAGCCGUGCAUGAGCACGUAUGCCAACUGGCUGGUCGUCAUCCUCCUCGUCAUCUACCUGCUCUUCACCAACAUUGUGCUGGUCAACCUGCUCAUCGCCAUGUUCAGGUGUGGAAAAGACCUUUUUAUUUGUUUUUGUGUCUUUUUAAUAAGAAAGAACUUUAAUGACAUUUUCACUUCCUGCUUGCAGCUACACCUUCUCCAAAGUCCAGGAGCGUAGUGACACCUACUGGAAGUUUCAGCGCUACAACCUGAUCGUGGAGUACCACUCAAGGCCCUGCUUGGCCCCGCCUUUUAUCAUCAUCUCACACCUCAAUUUAUUAAUCAAGAGAUACGUGCGACAAAUUCCCUCCGUCAAGAACAAACACUUUGGUGGGAGGUUUAAAAAAUAUAAACAAUACAAAUAACCGGGGUUGUCUGUGUCCACUGGUUCUGAGUCCAGUCCCUGUUUGUUCUUGUUUCAGUUCUGGAGAUGCGGGGCAGGAAGGCCAGUCGGCUCAACACAUGGGAGGCGAUCCAGAAAGAAAACCUGCUCUCAGCUCAGAACAAAAAACUGAGGGACAGUGACACGGCCAGACUCAAAAGUACCUCUGUCAAGUAAGUUUGCUCUGCCAUGUGGUGACAUCAGUAAAAUAUAGAAAUGGAGCAUAAUAUUUAUAUUUAAAUUUGGGUAAAUUUGCCUGAAAGUUCACACCAAUAUGUUUUAAACCUUAAUUAAUUAUAUCUCAGGGGACCAUGUUUUUACAAAAGAACAGCAAAACUAAUAAGGCUGGGAGAAAAAAUCGAUACAGCACAGUAUCGCAAUAUUUUGUCUGGUGAUAAAUCGUAUCGUCUGAUUUAUCAAGUAUCGAUUUUUUUCCAAAUUACUUGCUAAUAUGGAGUCAAAUCUAUAAUAAUGGAAAAAUAAACUGGUGAUUCCCCCCCUACAAGCUAGUAACAGCCAUACCCAUUUCUUGUAUUUAGUGAGUGGCUGUUUAAAAUGCACUGGUUUGAAGAUGAUGACAAAGAAUGAUUCAAAGAUUGAUGAUACUGAUGGUAAAAAAAAAAUAAUCCAUUGCUCUGUUUCUUUUAGAUAUCCUUGUUUUUUUCCAGCUGUCACAAGUGGUAAAUAUGUUUCAGUGUAUUCACAGCUAGAGGGCGCCAGAUGAGCAAAAUCAGUUUGCUUUGCUACCAGGGAGUUUAAUCAUUUUUCCCUCUAUCUAAUUUGAAUUAUGGAUGAUUUCCCAAUGAUCAAGUCUAGACAUGAUCAAGAGUUGACCCUGUGAAAUUUUGACUGUUUGGGUUCAGCAAAUGACAACUGUGGACACUUCUCCUGUGAGGCAGUUUUUCCCCUCAUGUUUCUGCAGCACCAAUUUUAGAAAAUCUUUACUUAGAUUACUUUACUUUUAAGGUCAGCUAUUUAAUGUAUGUGUUUGUGUGUGUUUCUGCAGAGUGGACGGUGUGUUGAAGCAGAUGACAGAGAUCCGUGACCACGACCGAAGGCUGAGGCUGCUGGAGUCAGAGGUCAGCAACACUUGCACACACAAGCAGGAUCUACUUGACCUCACCAGUGCCUGUCAUUGUCAGUCAGGGCCAGAGAGCGUGGUCAAUUUCUCUUCUGCGAGAUAUUGACCAAGUAUCAUGUCAUUAUUAAUCCAAUUCAACUUAAUAAGAGCCUAGAAAUAAUUUGUGUUUGAUCCCGUCACUCACAGGCAGGUUGAUGUCAGCCUUUUGGUAUCGAUGUACAGAGAGUGUACAGUGUGUAUGCAGUGUGCGAGUUGUGUGUACUUGGUGUGUCUGGUUUCUCUGCAGCUGUCAUCUCUGCUUGCUCAGCACUCAUCCAUCUCUGUCUGUACAUAUCCCUCUCAGCUGGAGUACUGCUGCAGCGCUCUCUCCUGGAUGACAGAGGCUCUGUCUCAGAGCGAUCUGAUAAAAACAGAUCGUCCUGCCCCACUUCUGAGAGGUGAGUAAAACACAAGUCUAACUGCGAUGCUUUGUUGGAGAGGAAGUGUCCGAAGCCUUUGCAGACCUCUGUGAGGUUUAAUAAGUGUUAGAGUGUCAGAUCCUCCCAGAGUUUAACAAUCAUUUUUCUUCUGUUUGCAGAUCUCACUCCUCUGUCUCCAAGCUGA